GUUCUCCACCAUUCUGCAUCCACGUCCAACAGUCCAAGAAGACUCCUCGGUAGUAAGUGGAACCGGCACAGAUGGCUGACUCCACGGUGAGGGUGGCGGUGACCGGCCCCAGGAAGACGCGCAUGCACCGCCUCAUCGAGGAGGAAGGCAUCGUGCUGAUGCCGGGGAUCUACGACGCGCUCUCUGCGGCCGUCCUCCAGAGCCUGGGCUUCCGUGCCGGCUUCGUCUCCGGCUACGCCGUCUCCGCCUCCCGCCUCGGCAUGCCCGACAUCGGCCUCCUCACGCCGCCGGAGAUGGCGGACGCAGCUCGAGCUAUUUGCGCGGCAGCUCCUAACGUUGCCUUCAUCGUUGAUGCCGACACCGGAGGUGGCAAUGCUCUCAAUGUCCAAAGGACUGUUCGAGAUAUAAUUGGUACCGGUGCCGCUGGCUUGUUUCUUGAGGAUCAAGUUUGGCCGAAGAAGUGCGGACAUAUGCAGGGUAAACAGGUGAUACCUGCUCAUGAGCAUGCCGCAAAGAUAGCAGCCGCAAGAGAAGCCAUUGGGGACUCUGACUUCUUUCUCAUCGCUCGAACUGAUGCUCGUGCAACCGCCGGUGGCCUAUCUGACGCCAUUGCUCGGGCUAACCUCUACAUGGAGGCGGGAGCAGAUGCGUGCUUCGUGGAGGCACCGCGGAGCGACGACGAGAUGAGGGAGGUCUGCAAGCGCACCAAUGGUUUCAGGGCUGCCAACAUGCUGGAGGGUGGGUACACCCCACUGCACACGCCACAGGAGCUCAAGGAACUGGGAUUCCACCUCAUAGUGCACUCCACCACCGCCGUCUACGCGUCGGCUCGCGCGUUGAUCGACGUCCUCAAAGUGAUGAAGGAGGAAGGCACCAGCCGAGACCAACUCCACAAGCUGACCACCUUCGAGGAGUUCAACAGUUUGAUCGGACUGAAGAAACUAAACGAGAUCGGAGCCCGAUUCGACAAGUUCCAAGUUCCCUCCAACUGAGGCAAAGCAAAGCGUAAUAAUGGGGGCGAGGGCAUGAGUGCGAAGCUUGGGUAAAGUAUUGCGUGCGUAGUGUCGUUAAGAGCAUGUUGGUCAUAAGCUACUAUUGAACCGGCUGCUGUGCGGUAAAUUUCCUCUCUUAGGUCUCAUUUCCUACGUUGUCUUUGGGGUGUCGUAAUAGUUGCGAGUGGGUGGCUGUAGUGCCACGAGUCUCUCUUCUCCUCUUCUGUCGAGAAAAAUGAAUAAGCAUCAAUAAGAAAGGGAUCUAUCUAAUCCUUUGGUAACCUAAAAAAUUGGUCGACAUUGUUUACUACCCUUUGAUGAGCAAAAUCCUGUUUGCAGGCUGUCUCAGCUUUGCCACAUCUACGAGUUUAAUGAGCAAGAAGAUAUUGUACCACUUUUAAGCUCA